AUGCGCUGGCUCCUGGCCUUGUGCCUCUGGCAGGCGCAAGGCCUGAAAGAUGGCUGCCACAAGCCGGUGCCCAAGGCCCCGGUCGUUUUCCCAGACACCUUCGGCGCGACCGAGCACCUGAAGAUGUUCAGCGGCUACGUGAACGUCACGGACCAGGACUUCCUGUUCUACUGGUUCGUGAAGUCAGAGCACCCAGAGGCGGAGAACGCGCCGCUGAUCCUGUGGAGCAACGGGGGGCCGGGCUGCACCUCCAUGGAAGGGGCUGCCACGGAGAUCGGACCGUUGAUCCUGGAGGGCAUCAAGGUCGGAGGCUUCAAAGGCCACUUUGCGCGCAACCACUUCGCCUGGAGCAAGCGGGCGCAUUUGCUCUUCGUGGACCAGCCCAGGUAUACGGGGUACUCCACCGGCUCCGGGCCCUUCGUGCUGAGUUCUCAGGAUGCGGCCAAGGACAUGGUGCAGUUCCUCCGUGGCUGGCGGGACCUCUUCCCGGAGCACCGCAGCGCCCCGCUGGUCCUCGCCAGCGAGUCCUACGGCGGACGCUUCGUCCCUGCCUGGGCGGAGGCCUUUCUCGAGUUCAACGAGCGGCACCCCGCGGAAAAGAUCGAGGUGGCGGCUGUGGCGCUGAGUAAUGCCUGCCUCGACUCCCGAGUGCAAGGCCUGCACACCUUCAUCCAGUUUGCUGAGAAGACACACAUGCUUCCCAGCGGCUACGCUAAGCCAACCUCCAAGAUCGAGGCGGUAUAUAUGAUGGCCGGCCAAAUGGGAUAUGUGCCCAACGCAUAUGACUACAGGAGGGAGUCAGCCGGCCCUUGCUGUGGCUGUAUGGGCUACAAUUACUCAGACUUCACAAGGUGGUUUUCCCGCAGCGAUGUUCGGAAGUCGCUGAACGUGUGCGGGGACGCGGGUGCGGACACCUUCAGCGGCUGCUCCAGCGGGUGCAUCACGUUCCCGGACACGUUUGAUGCGAAUCAUAGCUCCACGGCCCUGGCGACCUUGGGGAAGCUCUUGGAUCUGCAGAUCCCCGUGAUGUUCUCCUACGGCAUGCGCGACGCCACCUGCGACUUCCAAGGUGGCUUUGCUGCAGCCUCAGCUUUGCGCUGGAGUCGAUAUCAGGAGUGGCGGUACACCCCGAUGAAAGCCUUCCACGUGGGCGAUGACAAGGUUGGCCAAGAGAAGACCGGCGGAGGCCUCACCUGGAUCCAGAUCGAAGACGCGGGUCACAUGGUGCCAGCUGACAAUCCCCGUGCUGCCUUUGUAGCCUUGAGCAGGUUGCUCGAAGAAAUCUCCCACACGAAGCCUCUGCAGAGAUACUCAGAGACACCGCCCUUGCUGGACAGCCACGUCUUCAACUCCUUCGCCGCGCCGGUUUUCGCGCUUCUGGUGCUGGCCCUGGCUGUGGCUCUGGCGGCGGUCGCCCGCAGGCAAAGACGUGAGGAGACGCUCACUCUUCUGCUCGAAUGA